AUGUAUUUCUCUUUUGAAUCAAUUCCAACAUUCGUGUGGGUAUUCAUAGCUACCUAUGUUAUUUAUUGGAUUAAGACUCCAAAAUUAAGUAAAAAUGAACCUCCAAUGGUUCCUUAUAAAAUUCCAAUAAUCGGCCAUACAUUAGAUUAUUUGUUUAAUGCCGAAAAUUUUUUGGCCGAAUGUAGACAAAAAUACGGUGAUCCUUUCAAUAUAUAUGUAUUUGGUCAGGUGAAUACUAUAGCCGGAAACGAAAUUGCUCAUGAAGUUUUUAAGACCGAUGCUUUUAGUGUUCCCAGCGCUACGCGAGAUAUAUUUCCUUUGCAUCGUGUUAUAAAAAGUUAUAAUGAAAAAACGAAUGACCGAGUAAUCAAAACGGUACGCGAAGGAAUUACUGCAAAAUUACCUUUAUACACUGGAAGAAUGCAAAAACAACUUAUGAUUUCAAUUAAUGAGGAAAUUGGAGAUUGUUAUAACCCUAAAUUUAUUAACACGGCGAAUGAAAAUUUCGCAAGAAUGAUCGCUCGCCCAGUCGCUGAUAUUUUGGUUGGACAGGAAUUAUCAAAAAACGAAGACGUGGUCAAAGCCUUUGCCGAUUUUACCAAAGAUUUUUCAAAACUUAUACAUUUGAAACCUGUUUUGGAGAAAAGAUUGAAAGAUAAAGAAAUUCUUGGUGAUAAAUAUGAACCACCUCUGGAUAUAAUUGAAUAUUUAUUGAAUAAUCCUGAAUUCGAAACAAAAGUUAUUACUGAUGAUUACUUGAAUAAAAUCUGUGAAUUUUUAUUUAUUAUAAUUGUUGCCUCUAUUCACACCACUUCUCGUCAUAUUACUAGUGCUCUUUAUGAUUUUGCGGGAAGACCAGAAUUAUGGGAUGAUAUUUAUGAAGAACAAUUUAGAAUUGAUAGAGAAUGCAAUGGUGAAUUAUCAUCUCAACAUAUUAGCAAAAUGGUGAAAUUGGAUAUUACCGCUACUCACAGAUGUUUGGAAUCAUCUACAUUAAAAAAUGGCAUGACAAUUCCAAAAGGUCGUCUAGUUCAAAUUUAUUUAAUGGAUCUUCAUUACAAUACCUCUGCAUAUGGACCAGAACCAAAGUCAUUCCUUCCUAAUCAUGGUUUAGAAAAUAAUAUCCCUGCAUCAAAAACUGAUAAAAAUUAUGUUACAUUUGGCGCUGGUAGACAUGCUUGCCCUGGAAGAUUUUUUGCUGUAAAUGAAAUUAAAGUUGGUUUGCAUAAAUUAAUUUUAAAUUAUCACAUUAAGACACCAAGUGGAAAGGUUGAAAAAAAGAUACAUAUUGGACCUUUUUCUAAUCCACCAGUUUCUGGAUUAAUUUUCGAGAAUAGAAAAAAAUAG